AUGACUCUCAUCAACAGCAGCAACUUGGUUCUUCUUCUGUUAGCAAUUUCAGCUCUUAUGGUCAGUACCAGAAAAUUCGUAGAUGCAAGGGAAGUGCCAACAGGGAUCCCUUACCCAGGUCAUAACUUAGCAGCUCGGAUCAAUGCGGAUGAUGGUGGUGCUGGCAUGGUUGAGUGUUGGAAUGCACUGUAUGAGUUACGAUCUUGCACUAACGAAAUCAUACUUUUUUUCAUGGAUGGCGAUAUGUAUCUAGGCCUUGAAUGUUGUAGAGCUAUCCGUAUCAUAACUCGUGACUGUUGGCCUUCUAUGCUUACUUCUGUAGGUUUUACUGCUGAAGAGGGCGACAUUUUACGUGGUUAUUGUGAUGCUUCAUCCUCCGCUGCUCCCCGUAUUUCACAUGUUUCCAUGCUUACACCGGUACAGCCUCCUUAUAUCUCGGGCCCAAGUACUUCCGCAGUGUUGGUGGAAUAG